AUGUCUACGCCAUCGAUGACCGUCCCUCAGGGCUCUUGGGUCUUGGUGACCGGUGCAACCGGCUUCUUGGCCUCACAUAUUGUCAAGGAGUUCCUGGAACGCGGCUACAAAGUGCGAGGGACCGUGAGGGAUUUGGUCCGGGCAGCGUGGCUCAACAACCUCUUUAAGUCCUAUGCUGAGCGCAACGAGUUUGAGCUUUGUCUCGUCCCGGAUCUUGCAGUUGACCAUGCAUUUGACGACGCCGUGAAGGGGAUGUCAGCCAUUGCCCAUGUGGCCACCAUCACCAGCUUCGACCCAGACCCCCACAACGUGAUCCCUCCCGCUGUCAAGGGCGUCCGGUCAAUUAUGGAGGCCGCACUAACCGAACCAAUGGUGAAAGAGUUAGUUUUUACCAGCUCGUUUCUUGCCACUGCCAUGGCCGUUCCAGGCAUCAACACCCAUGUUGAUGACAAUACGUGGAACGACACCGCUUCGCAGCUCGCUUGGGCGCCUCCACCCUAUGAGCCCAAGCGAGCUGGGCCUGUGUACUCGGCCAGCAAGGUGGCCUCGGAGAAGGCUGUGUGGGAGUUUGUGAAGGAGAAAAACCCCCAUUUCACCGUGAAUGUCAUCUCCCCCGCCAUGAUCCUGGGAGAGCCCCUAAACUCUACCCAUGUUGAGACCGACUAUGCGUGGAUGAAAAAGCUGUACUACGGCGAUACCAUGCGCUUGGCCUUCAUUCCCGGAUUAAUUACCGUCAACGUGAGAGAUGCCGCCGUGCUGCAUGUGGCCGCCGUUCUGGACUCUGAGGUCAAGAACGCGCGUCUCCAAGCAUGGGGUCCCUAUUGUAACUGGAAUGAUAUUCUCGCCAUCAUGCGUCGCCUGUAUCCGGACCAUGAAUUCGUCCCGGAUCUUGCCAAUAUGGCUCGGCUUGACUUAUCCACGGACCUCAGCAAACCGUUGGCGCUUCUGGAGAAGUGGACGAACCAGAAGGGCUGGAGCUCACUGGAAGAAAUCACGGCCGAAGCGCUUGGACCAGUUGUGGCUUCGAAACAGCUUAGACAGCCAGAGUGA